GUAUCUCGUGAGCUGCUGCAUGAAUCACAUUGCUCCUAAGUUUUCUUCGCGACUGUUUGUGAAAAAAGUCAAGAAAUUAAUUAAUUCAGACAAGUUUUUCGAUCCCGAACACAAGAAAAUACUCACUGUAGACUACUUCGUCGAACUGUGCUGAAAGUGAAAUUAAUUUAGAGAGGAAAUUAUUGGAAUAAGUGGUGCAGAAAAAUUCUCAUAAAACAUGAAGAUUCUCAUUGUGAUGUUUAUCGCUGUUGGCGUGUGCACUGCAGACGUUUCGCACAUCAUCUCCCAGGAUCCGUAUGCUGUUCCACUAGAGUACCACACAACAACAACUACCACGCCACCACCUCCUCCACAUCCCUACGUGUUUGCUUACACAGCCGGAAGAUUUCCUGGCCACGUCGAUCGCACGCACAGCGAAGUCUCCGAUGGAAGUGGAACCGUUCGCGGAGCUUUCUCCUACGUCGAUCCUAGACUGCAAGUUCGCACCGUAGAGUACGUGGCUGAUCAGUAUGGAUUCCAUCCAAUCCUGAGCCAUGAACCUCAGGGACCCGUGGAGACGGAGGCCGUGCAGAAGGCUGCCCAGAGACAUUUUUCACUCUACAACCGAAUUGCAGAGGCGCACGCUCAUCAUGAUCCAAAUCUCCAGGUUGUUGCCGUGCCCAGGGAUAGUGCUGCUGUGGCUCAUGCCAAGGAGAAGCAUUUGUCUCUGUAUGAAAAAAUUGCAGCUGAACAUGCCCGGAUUGGAGCUGAACAGGAAGCCCAGAGACUCGCCUUUGAAGCCACUUCUGUGCCAAAUGACAUCGAGGAGUACCACAAACUGCAUUAAAAGGCCAUUACUAUUUGUUCCAAACUAAUUUACUUUUCUACAGCCAUUUGCUUUUAAUACAGAUUUACAAAAUUUA